AAUAUAUUACAAAUCUCAAAAUCUCCUUCAACACUCUAUAAUCAUUCUAUUAGUGAUUUUAAUCUUCCUUUUGAGAAAUGGAAACCACCGCAAAAGUAAAGAAAGCUUUCGGGGGAAGAAAACCCGGUGGUCCAAAAACCAAAUCGGUUUCGAAAUCAAUCAAAGCCGGUCUCCAAUUCCCGGUUGGUAGAAUCACUCGUUUCCUGAAGAAAGGACGGUACGCUCAAAGACUCGGUGGUGGUGCUCCGGUUUACAUGGCCGCUGUUCUCGAAUACCUCGCCGCCGAAGUUCUGGAGCUAGCUGGUAACGCUGCGAGGGACAACAAGAAGACCAGGAUAAUUCCGAGGCAUCUACUUCUUGCGAUAAGGAACGAUGAAGAAUUGGGAAAGCUUCUCAGUGGAGUCACAAUUGCUCAUGGUGGUGUUUUGCCUAACAUAAACUCUGUUCUUUUGCCUAAGAAGACUGCUUCUAAAUCAACUGAAGAAAAGGCUGGCAAAUCACCAGCAAAAUCUCCCAAGAAAGCUUGAUUUCUUCUUUAUGUUGGAUCUCAUUCACCAGUUUUUAUGUUUAUGUUUGGUAAUCUGUGUGAAUGUAUAUGAUAAAAAGUCGAGCAUUUGAUCUCUUUAGGUUCUUAUGUAUUUUGUUUCCAAAGUUGUUUUAAAUCUUAUGUUUCCCUAAGUAACAAUCAAAUAAUUUUACAAUCUC